AUGCCUCCUGGGGCCGGGCGUGAGUUUCCCCUGGAGUUGCUGCCCUUGUGCCGGGCUCUCCGGGACACCCUCACAGCAGCUGCAUGAUGCCUCUCUGCCUCCCACAGCCGGGCAGCCCCAAGAAACAGGGUCCCUCUGCAAAACUUGUGCAGGAAGCCAACCUGCCUCCGCCAUAAGGAGCCCUCAUCCCGGGGGGGGGGGGCGCUGCUGACCCCUUGGGCUGCAGUGCCUGCCUGACCAUGCUAUGAAGUGACCGAGCUCCAUUCUGCACCUGCCACUCCCUGCCAGAGGGGACUUUUGCCGGCUGCCCUGAGUCUCUAGCCAGACUCCUUCCCUGCAUCCCUUGAGUGCCCUGUGUUCUUUUGUGGCCGCAGCCCCCGGCGACCUCCACUCAGGAAUCUGUUCCCGUGGAUUUGCUACUCCAGGUGCCUCGAAAGAGCAACUUGGAAGAAGCCCCUCAAGGACCAGGAUGCCAGAUCCAGCUGCCUAAGCUCACCAGGGCCGCAGAAGCUGCUGGGGCCAGGCCGGGUGGAUGCUAGCGAUCACCCCCAUCGUGCAGAUAAGGCACUAAGGCCAGAGCCGUGAGGACGUCAUAGAGGACGUCACAGCCUCCUCUUUCCAGCAACCCUGCCAGCCCAGCACCCUGAGGCUCUGCCAGAAGUGUCAGUGUUCAUCCCACGAGCCCAGGUCUGCCCUGCUCCUGGUGUCCAGGGGAAGCCAUGGGCCCCUUUUGUCCUGCAUUCCUGUCCUUGACCAAACUCGGCCAGUGGUGGCUCCUUCUGGUGCCGGCAGUGCUGGCACAGCGAGGCCCUCACACCCAGGCCGAGGAUCGCCUCUUCAAACACCUCUUUGGGGACUACAACCGCUGGGCGCGGCCGGUGCCCAACACCUCGGACGUGGUGAUCGUGCGCUUCGGACUGUCCAUUGCCCAGCUCAUCGAUGUGGAUGAGAAGAACCAGAUGAUGACCACCAACGUCUGGCUAAAGCAGGAGUGGAACGACUACAAGCUGCGCUGGAAUCCAGCUGACUUUGGCAACAUCACCUCCCUACGGGUCCCUUCCGAGAUGAUCUGGAUCCCUGACAUUGUCCUCUACAACAAUGCUGACGGGGAGUUUGCCGUGACCCACAUGACCAAGGCCCACCUCUUCUCCACCGGCACCGUGCACUGGGUGCCCCCGGCCAUCUACAAGAGCUCCUGCAGCAUCGACGUCACCUUCUUCCCCUUCGACCAGCAGAACUGCAAGAUGAAGUUCGGCUCCUGGACCUACGACAAGGCCAAGAUCGACCUGGAGCAGAUGGAGCAGAUGGUGGACCUGAAGGACUACUGGGAGAGUGGCGAGUGGGCCAUCAUCAACGCCACGGGCACCUACAACAGCAAGAAGUACGACUGCUGCGCCGAGAUCUACCCCGACGUCACCUACUACUUCGUCAUCCGGCGCCUGCCGCUGUUCUACACCAUCAACCUCAUCAUCCCGUGCCUGCUCAUCUCCUGCCUCACCGUGCUCGUCUUCUACCUGCCCUCCGAAUGCGGCGAGAAGAUCACGCUGUGCAUCUCCGUGCUGCUGUCGCUCACCGUCUUCCUGCUGCUCAUCACCGAGAUCAUCCCGUCCACCUCGCUGGUCAUCCCGCUCAUCGGCGAGUACCUGCUCUUCACCAUGAUCUUCGUCACCCUUUCCAUCGUCAUCACGGUCUUCGUGCUCAACGUGCACCACCGCUCGCCGCGCACGCACACCAUGCCCCGCUGGGUGCGGCUGGUCCUAUUGGGCUGCGUGCCCCGGUGGCUGCUCAUGAGCCGACCCCCGGCGCCGUCCUUGGAGCUCCGCGAGCCCCCGGGCCUGAAGCUCAGCCCCUCUUAUCACUGGCUGGAGACCAGCGUGGAUGCCCAAGAGCAGGAGGAGGCGGAGGAGGAAGAGGACGAGGAGGAGGAAGAGGAAGGAUGCGUGUGCGCAGGUCGCCCAGCUCCCUUCGCGGGUGCCCUCUACGGUCGCAGCAGUCUGCACCCAGGGGCGUUGGGGCCCAAGGCUGAGCCUGCGUCAUGGGAACGUGAGGUCUCGCUGUCCUCUCACAUGCAGAAGGCCCUGGAAGGUGUGCACUACAUUGCCGAGCACCUGCGGUCAGAGGAUGCCGACUCUUCGGUGAAGGAAGACUGGAAGUACGUCGCCAUGGUCAUCGACAGGAUAUUCCUCUGGUUGUUCAUCAUUGUCUGCUUCCUGGGGACCAUCGGGCUCUUUCUUCCUCCAUUCCUGGCUGGAAUGAUCUGACCUCAUGUUCCUCAUGUUGGCGCUAAGGUACUGCCGCUGAGCAUCUUCUGAUAUCUUUAACUUCAGCUGCCUCUAGGUGCCCUUUGGGUCAAGACCAUCUGCCUGGGGUGCCUGUGGAGUCCCUACACUGGCCCAGACCUCGCAGCCUUCUUGGUGCAGUUCUUCUGGACAUCACUGCACCAUGUACUGUGAUCUUCUGGAUGUAGAGCCCUGCUUCAGAGGCCACCGGAGCUGGAAAAGGUGAAGGCAUCUGCUCUGUGGAAGCCUGGGAUGCGGCAGUGACAAUGUGAGCUCCCAGAGGAGCAGUGCGGACCCUAGGAGUCUCGCUGGGGCAUAGAGGGGUGGGACUAAGAGGAAGGGGAGGAAGCCUGGGUUGGAGAGGAGAAGCAACUUUUUUGUGGCUGCAGAAAGGUGCCCAGCGCAUCAGGAAGUUACAAAGAAGGCAGAUAGCUGCUUGCAGGUAACGGGCCCUGCCCCUCGCUUGAAGCACCUCUGAGGCCCUGCUCUCUUCCCCCUUCCUUGCUGCAAAGAGACCUCCGAAAGCCAGCCAAGCUGAGCCGUGCCUGGGGUGGGGGGCACUCUUGCACCCAAGUGUGCAGUGGACAGACACAAGGGCAACCCAUCUGGGUCAUUCUCAUCCCAGCUCACACUUGCAGCUUGAGUUGGGCAUGGUGGCACACACCUGUGAUCCCAGCACUCUGGGAGGCUGAGGCAGCCAGACCCGAAGUUCGAGCCCCGCCUGGGCAUCUUAUGCGAGAGCAUAUCUCAAACUAAACAAAAUUUAAAAAGAACUGGAGAUGUAGUCAGUGUUCCCUGGGCUCAAUUCCCAGUACCACAGAAAACAAAGCAGCUGCUGCCCCCAGCUUGUUGGGAAGCCGGCUCCUCUUCCCUUCCACGGGGCCUGGUCCCUGACAUGUGCUUUACUUGGGGUCCCUUAGUCUGAACUUCUGUAGGGCAGGGCUGAUGCCUUUUCUUUGUCUGCCUUCUCCAGCAGGGGGCACAGCACCAGACGUGUGGGAUCAGCCCUGGGGAUGCGUGGUCCAUGAGGUGGGGGCAGCAGGCUGAGGCCUCAGGAAGGCUCCCUCCCAGCCUGGGUGCGAUGGGCCAGCUGUCCAGGGGUCUGCGUGCCUUGCUCCUGUGCCACAGCAGGGAAUGUUCCUUGGUGUCGGGGACGGGAGCCCAGACCUCAGCAGCUAACAGAGGUGGGCACUGUACACUUGAGAGAGUGUGAGACCCCAGGCAGGAAGUGGAGUGGGGGGAGCUCUCCAUUUCCCUGCAGUCCUGGCACCCCCUGCCUCUGAACCCCCAUAUGCCUCUCCCAGGCAGGCUCAGGGAAAAUUGUCUACCUGAGACCCUGGCCUUGCCCCCUCCUCAGUUCUCUCUUCUUCUCUGGCCUGGGCUCCUUCUCACUCUGUGAAUGCAGCCCCCAGCCUCCCCUGGCCUUGCAGUCUCUCUGCUUGGUCCAGGCCCCCAGCUGUGAGCUCCUGGUCCAGGGAUGCUCACCACAUUGUUCCUGUCUCCUGUCCAUCUUGCAUGUGAGUAAAGCCAUUAAAUAAAGCCGAAUCUACUGCUCAGCCAGCGGUGUGGCUUCUCCUCUCCAGCCACACUUCCAUGUCAUCAGCAUCAGCCAGGGCCCUCCAGAGCCAGGAGAGGAACGUCACAUGGAGGGGACUGCCCUUGGGUCGGGAGACCCCACUGCCCAUAUGGGGGCAACAGGCUGGAGCGCACGUGCCUACACUACCGAGUGUCACCGUACAUCUUCCUUGGCCAAGGCCCAGGUCAAUGGUCCCUUGGUCUGCACUCAAGAUGACACAUCGAUUUCUUCCAGGACUACGGUUCAAGGUCAGCAGAUCCAACAAACCACACAAGCAAACCACAAAGCAAAUCGUACAGUUUUAAUUCAACCACAAGUCAAAUAGAAAGAAGGUAAAAGAAUGUUCUACACAAACACAUGAGAAAGGAAAGGAGCAGGUGAGAGAGGGGGAGAGAAAAGAAGGAUUAGGAAGGGGAGGCAAGGGCAAAGUAAAGGAAGAAAGAGAAGAGGGCAGAAAGGAAGCAGGGUGUGGUCCAGAGUCCUGCUUUGGCUUCUGUUUUUCUGCUUCUUCCCCUGAUGCCUGCUUUGAUUAAAAACAAAACAAAACAAAACAAAACAAAAAAAACCUCGCAGCAUCCUGUGCCCUGGUCCCUAAUUGGCUUGUUCCUGGACUGUGUCCCAGAUCCCCCUGUAGACAGUUGUCAGUCCAGACCAAACUCACAUUAAAUAAAUUCCAAUAUACACUGUAC